AAAGGGCUUUGGUAAAGGUCCACUAUAAAACCCUUCUUCUAAAGGGAAGGGCCAGAAGAGAACUGUGAGUCUUUCCACUUGGAUCCUAUAGGCGAGGGAAACUCCUUCAGUGAGAAAGGGCUCUUUACAGUUACUUUUACUUUACCCAUCCAAACUGAGCAAUGAUGUUCCCUAGUGCACUUGUGCCUCCCGCUAUAUGCCCAAGUCUACUUCGACCGCCGGCGGCUCUCUCUCUGCCCCAGUCCUUGCAUUCAGCUUUCCCCGCCCACUCUAGCUUUUUGGUGGAGGACCUGUUGCGGAUCAGUCGGCCAGUGAGCUACUUCCACCGGACGAUUCCCUCACCCAGCGUGUCUCCCCUGGCAUCAGGAGCCACCACGCUGACCUGCAGUCAUCACACUCACCAAGCUGUCAUCUCCACUUUAGCACAGACAAGAACGGGUUCUACUCAGACCGCACUCUCCAUCAACCACGACCCUAACUAUCUGAAGUUUGGAGUUAAUGCCAUCCUAGCACCAUCAACGAGAAACGCGUCGUCUCCACGUUUAAUGCAUCAUGCCAUGCACGCAAAAGCCUUCCCUCUGCCAUAUUUUGACUGUUCGUUUCAUCCCUUCAUCAGAGCAUCAUAUUUUCCAGCAUCCUCUUCAGUGAUUCCUAUCCCCGGUACAUUUUCAUGGCCGCUGGCUGCAAGAGGAAAGCCCAGGAGGGGGAUGCUACGACGGGCAGUGUUCUCUGAUGUCCAGCGCAAAGCCCUGGAGAAAAUGUUUCAGAAACAGAAAUACAUCAGCAAACCAGACAGAAAGAAGCUGGCUGCAAAACUUGGGCUUAAAGACUCACAGGUGAAAAUAUGGUUCCAAAACAGAAGAAUGAAAUGGCGCAAUUGCAAAGAGAGGGAGUUGUUGUCGUCCGGAGGUUGCCGGGAGCAAACCCUUCCAACUAAGAUGAACCCCCACCCGGACCUCAGUGACGUCGGGAAGAAGUCUUGCGAGGAGGAGGUAGACGCGUUCAGCCCGCGCGCGGCAUUCUGCCGCUCUCCAUCAGAGGGCGAACUUUUGAACAGUGUGGAGUCGCACCUCUCUUCGCCUUGCAACUCCAGCAAGCACUCCGACUUCUCAGAAUCAGAGGAGGAAGAGAUUACAGUGUCUUAAUUAUAAAUAAUACAUACAUUAUGUUUGUAUAAAGUUGUUUGAUCACAUGUAAUUGUUGCGUAUAUUGUAUAUAGACAUUAUUACCCAAAUUAGAUCCACGCAUCCUUUGAUUUGAGCAUAUUAUUUGUCUGUGAUAUUACCAAUUCACCUAGCCUAUACGUAAAUGUAGGCGCCAUAUUGGUUGUGGUAGAUAUUUUAGUACUUAUUAAGGGAUUCACUUAAUAAAUUAGAUGUAUUCUUGCAGCUUUUGCUAUUUGUACCAUAUUUUGUAAGGGCCAUUUUUAUACCAAGAGGAUUAUACCUGACUUAAAUGCGUAUAUUAGAUGCAUUGCUUUUAAUCUAUGUAGAUGUUAAAUCUAUAACUUAAAAAUAAAUAUAUUAUUUGUAUGCUUUGUUUAAA